AUGUCUGAAUAUAACACUAGCAUCUUCUGGAGGAGUGCUAGAAACACCACUCGAUAUUCGCUCAUGCUGCCUUUGGUCCCGCGCUCUGACUGUGAUGUAAUUAACACAUGUGCAACAACAGUCAUUCCGCCUUUCUAUCACCUCUUGUCGCUGCUAGGGACCUUAGGGAACCUCUACAGCUUGUGGGGGUGUCUGCGGCCCUCACAACCGUGGAGCAUCGGCACCAUCUGGGUACUAAACUUAGCAAUGUGUGACCUGGUCUAUUUAGCCUCCAUGCCCCCCUGGGCUGUAUACCUGAGCACCAACUACCAGUGGGACCUGAGCCACUCUGUCUGUAUCCUGGUGAACGUCCUCUACUUCAUAGGUUUGACCACAAACACCAUGUUUAUCUGCACCAUCAGUACUGACCGCUUCCUGGCCAUCGCCUUCCCUCUGGAGUCCCGCAUGGUGCGCACGCCCCGCAAUGCAGUUCUAGUUUCCGUGCUCCUUUGGGCCAUCGCCGCACUCCUCGUCUACUUGCAAUACCCAAACAUCCUCUACUGGGAGCACCAUGACGGCACCAAGUACUGCGGGGUGUUGGUGAUCUCUAAGCUGCACGUACACAGGGCUGCCUACAGCCUCCUGUCCUACCACAUUGUCCAGGUGUCCAUUCCAUUUCUGCUCGUUAUCCCCUCCUAUGUACGAAUCAUGGUGCGCAUGAGGCAGUCCCGGCAGCAGUGGAGCAUGGGCACCAUGCAAGCUCGGGACAGGACCAUGUGGCUCAUUGCUGUAUUCAUCGCUAACUUUCUGAUAAGCUGGGUGCCAGGGAAGCUUCUCUACAUCAUCUCCUUUGUUCUCUUCAUCACCAUGUAUGAGAGUGCAAACCCCUGCUGGUUGGCCAGUGUGAUAAACCUGCUGAUGGAGGCUUCCCAGGUGCUGUAUUGCGUCAACGCUUGCCUGGACCCUCUCAUCUUUCACGUGCACCAAGGCCUGGGGGAGCAGUGCCAGGCGGCACUGAGCUGGAUGGUUUGCUGGGGGAAAGAAAGGAUGUGGUCAAUGGAGGAGAAGGAAAGCAGGACUACACCUGCUGUGAUGCCGAUAAGUGUAGUCCAGCUUCAAGGCCCUGGCCACAAUCAGGCCACUUUCCUCAAGCAGUAAGUACACGUAGCAGAGACAGAGAAGGACUCGGCCUCAUUAACCUGUUUUCGCCAUAUAAAAUACUGAACUACAUUGAACAGUAUAA